AUCCGGCUUGGGCGGAAGACUGGAGAUACUGCCGGAAUUGGUGGGCGCCGAGAAAAGCGGUGCAUCGUGCCCUAUGAGUUGAUAAACAUGAAAGGUUGGAGGUGUUUCACGGUUUAACGAGUUUUAUCUGCAUUUUUGCGAGGACACAGAGCUAGGAUAUCAAUCAUGCCUGUCUUUCAAGAAACUUCCAACUCGGCUCGAGACCAGAGAAUUCUCCCAUCGCGCGCUCUACCGUUACCUAGACUGUCUCAACAGCCAGACUUCUCCAAUGUCUCCGAGGAACACAAGGAAGUCGUCGUCAUUGGUGCUGGACCGGCCGGUCUAUUUCUCACCCUGUUACUCGCAAGAUAUGGCAUCACAGAAUCAUCACUUCUCUGCCUUGACUCCAAGCCGGGUACACUAAAAGCUGGUCAGGCAGAUGGACUUCAGCCAAGAACUCUUGAAGUAUUUCAAAGUUUGGGAAUAGCAAGUGAGAUCAUCAGCGAAGGCUGCCAUAUGGAAGAGGUUGCGUUUUGGAACCCAGUGCAAUCGAGCGCAACCAACAGCGGCAAUGGGUCUCAUGCCACAGGAAUUGAACGAACCAGUUUCGCGCCCGAUGUAAACGUGCCUGCUCGUUUCCCCUUCGAAGUCACUAUUCACCAAGGUCGCAUUGAGCGAAUCUUGGAAGAGAAUCUCCAUCUUUAUGCCGGCAAGAGUGCCAUCCGACGAUCCCUUCGCUUCCUGGAGUACACAGUCGACGAAACCAACACUGAAUUCCCCAUCGUGGUCAAAUACGAACAAGAUUUUCAAGACGGAUCAACUCAACAAGGCACCGUUCGAACAAAGUAUCUGAUCGGCGCAGAUGGAGCCCGCUCAAAGGUCCGGAAAUGCAUGGGUCUUGAACUCGAGGGUGAAACAACAGAUCACAUCUGGGGCGUAUGUGAUUUCGUCGCCGACACCAACUUUCCCGACAUUCGCAAACGAUCUGCAGUUCACUCAGACGCUGGUUCCGUCAUGGUCAUUCCCAGGGAACAGAUUGCAACGGGCGAGUAUCUGACUCGUCUUUACGUCCAAGUUGCUGAGGAGGUUGAUACGAGUGGUGAUACCGGAACAGACAAGAAAUCAGCUGAUAAGAAGCGACGUGGCGCUGUUACGUUAGAGUAUAUCUUUGAGCAAGCACGGCAGGUUUUUGCGCCGUAUGAGAUCAAGAUCAAGGAGGGCACGGAGCCGGAUUGGUGGGCGGCUUAUCAGAUUGGACAGCGCAUGGCUCCUCGAUUCUCCGCUAAAACGUCUGAUGGAGUUGAAAGGGUAUUCAUUGUUGGAGAUGCAUGCCAUACUCACAGUCCCAAGGCCGGACAGGGCAUGAACGUCUCCAUGAUGGACUCUUACAAUCUAGCUUGGAAACUCGUUCAUAAAAUCCACGGCCUCACUCCUCCAAGUACCUCCGGAACAGACUCUAUCCUCGAAACAUUCUCGCAUGAGCGUGUAGACGUAGCUCGCCAACUCAUCGAGUUCGACGCCCAGUUCUCGCACAUGUUCUCCGGUCGCAUCGGAUCAGCAGAUGCCGAGACUUCAGGGCUCACUCACGAAGAGUUCCUUCGAGUAUUUAGUGAGGGAAGCGGAUUUACCAGCGGUUGUGGACUUCAGUAUAAGGAGAACAAAUUGAUAAGAGAACUGGAGGCGAAGAGUAACCUGUUUCGAGGAGAUCCGCUUCUGGGCGCGUUGACGCCUGGACGACGGCUUCUCGAUGUCGAAGUCAAGCGCUAUGCUGAUGCCACUGCCCGGCACCUUCAAGACGAAAUGCCGCCGACUGGCCGUUACUAUAUCCUCGUCUUCACAAGCAACGACUUACUAGAAAAAUUCGGCACUUCGCAAUCAGCUUUACAGUCAUCCGUUGAUACUUUGCAGAAGUUCCCGAAGGGUACUGUAAAUUUGACUGUAAUGCAUCCACUCACGUCAAGAUUUGAGUGGAGCGAUCUGCCAGCGGGAGUAAAGACAUUUGCUGAGAUGCGAACUUAUGGAGUGUCAAAGAAGGAGGACGUCUAUGAAGUAUUAGGUGUUUCCAAGGGUGAUGGCGUUGUUGCAGUGGUGAGACCUGAUGGGUACGUUGCUCAACCCGUGUUUCAUUGCGCCAGUCCCUAUCUUUACAUGUCAUUGACGCGCUGCCUUGAUCGCUGCCUCACCAGUCUUCGCACCAUAAUGGCCUCUGCACAGAACAUCAUCAAAUGCGCCGUCCUGCCUACGAGCCGCAAGAUAUCCUACAGUAUUGCACAGACACCACAACAAGGCCCGUGGAUUGUCCUCUCAAACUCCUUCGGCGCUGACACCACUCUGUAUCAGCCUGUCGCCCAACGCCUCGCCUCAUCAGGCUACCGCGUUCUUAGUUACGACCAUCCUGGCCAUGGUCAAGGCAGUCCCGUAAAAGACGUCGAUAACGUCGAGAUGGAAGAAUUGAUCAACGACAUUGACGAACUCCUUCGCGUCUUGCAUAUCGACAACAUCCGUGCUUGGGUCGGCGUCUCCCUCGGUGCAGCCAGCGGCGUCUACCUAGCCUGCCGUCACCCAAAAUUGAUCCAAAACCUUGCAUACUGCGCAUGUCCUCCUGCAUCGUUUGGGGCCCUUGAUAUAAUGCCGCUUGAGCAAUUCGACAAGAUGCGCGCUCAGGCUGAAGCAGAUGGGACUGCUGCAAAUGUAAUUCGUCAGAUGCACUACGGCUGGGCUAGCAAGGAAUGGCUCGAUGAGCAUCCAGACCAGGAUGAAAGACUCAAACGUGCUAGUUCAACAUUAAGUCUGGAUGGUUGGCGUGCUAUGAUGACGUUGCAGAAGAACAAGCGGUUUGACAUGCGACCGCUCGUACCUCAGCUUUUGGAAAGCUGUGACAAGAUCAUGUUUGUUAAAGGAGAAAAUGAUGCGCACCUCAACCCUUUAGUGGAUAUGAUGAGAGAUUUGGUUGUCAAGAUGGCGCAGGAGAAGGGUGUUAAGGCCAUGAUGGAUAAAUAUCUUGGGUUUCUCGUGGUUGGCCGUGGUGGCAUCUUGAUGACGCUAGUUUGCACCCUUCAUGUCAAUCUGCACCCUAACUAUUCUCCAAUUAACCUCCAGUCCCUUCCCAAUGCACUACCAUCACCCGCCAUCAUGGGAAGAAUUCAUCAGCCUCACUCGGAAACCUACCCAGAUCAAAAUGGUUACUACGGUCAAUUUGGAGGCAACUUCUACCCACCAGAAGCUCAUAAAGCACUCAAAGAACUAGCCACCAAAUACCAAGAACUCCGCCACUCACCAUCCUUUAACCAAACCCUCAACAAAGUCCGCAUCGGUCUCCAAGGCCGUCCAACGCCAAUUCACCAUCUCGAGAACAUCUCCCGCGAAGUCGGCGGUGCUCAAAUUUUCGUCAAGCGCGAAGACUUGAACCACACAGGCGCACAUAAGAUCAACCACUGCGUCGGCUUCGCACUUCUCGCUAAAGCAAUGGGCAAGGCUAAGCUCAUCGCUGAGACGGGAGCCGGUCAACACGGUGUCGCACUCGCAACUGCAGCGGCGUAUUUUGGUCUUGAGUGCGAGAUCCAUAUGGGGAGUGUGGAUACCGAGAAGCAGAAGUCGAAUGUUGGGCGUAUGCAAAUUCUUGGAGCGAGGGUCGUUGCUGCUACUGAGGGACAGUCUGCGUUGAAGGAAGCCAGUGACUCGGCGUUCAAUGCUUAUGUUGAGCAACGAGAACAUGCGUUGUAUGCAAUUGGGUCAGCGAUUGGACCGCAUCCGUUCCCAUUGAUUGUGAGAGACUUUCAGUCUGUGAUCGGCAAAGAAGCACGAGAGCAGUUUCUCUCCAUGACUGAUGGUACUCUGCCUGAGCAUGUCGUCGCAUGUGUCGCUGGUGGCUCUAACGCUAUGGGCAUGUACUCUGCUUUCAUUGAUGACACCGAUGUAAAGUUACAUGCCGUUGAGCCACUCGGAAGAUCCGAGAAACUUGGUGAGCACGCAGCGACCUUGUCGUACGGAAAACCUGGCACCUUACAUGGUGCAAAGACACUUGUUCUGCAGCAAGGCGAAGGCAUGCCUGCUCCAGUUUCAUCCAUAGCCUCAGGGCUAGUCUAUCCUGGUAUUGGACCUGAAAUGGCAAUGCUUCACGACGCUGGGCGUAUAUCAGUCACAACGGUUGGCAACGACGAGGUCAUCAACACAUUCUUCCGCAUGGCAAAGAGCGAAGGUAUCAUCAUUGCUCUAGAGAGCGCACAUGCGAUUGCAUAUGCCAUACGACUAGCAGCGCAACGCCCGUCAUCUGAGCGAAUUUUGGUUAAUCUGUCCGGGCGGGGAGAUAAAGAUGUUGAUUAUGUUCUCGAGAAUCAUGGAACUGGUGGAAUCAAUUGA